AUAAGCCUUUCGGAUCUGUAGCUGCAAACGUGCAGUCAUUGUCACAGCGCCACAGUUUUGAGGGCAGCAGAGCAGAAGUUAUGAGGACAAGGGGAAAUCACAUAUUUCCGGGCUCCUCUGGGACAUUUGUUCGGAUACUGUACACGUCUGUGAAUGGGAUGGCUGCUAACCUCUCUGCCGGUGCUCAGUAACACUGUGCCUGUACAGUUUGGGUGCUUGGAGAGGAUGAAACUGCGUUCUCUUAGAAGCAGGUUUGGUGAUAUAUCGUGCCUGUGCAAUAUUCUGUGUGUGGGAUGAAAGAGCAUGAGGCUCCAUUGACUAUCUUCUCACUGGAACGGAUUGAAUCCUAGGAUGCCUUUGCUCCGCAUUACACUUAUACACAAUCUGCUACAGGUCCCGUGCAAUGGGAACUCCACGAUCCACGAUGAGUGAGAACACAGAUGAGCAGAGUUUGUACAACAAUGCAUUAGCUUGGCUGAUCUGCUCGGGGGUGUCUCUGCUGGCCAACACCUGGGGGAUCCUGAGCAUCAGCGCCAAGCAGAAGAAAUGGAAGCCACUGGAAUUCCUCAUCUGCACAUUGGCCGGGACGCACAUUCUUAACAUGGGCAUCCCCAUCACCAUGUAUUCGGUCAUCCAGCUGAGGAGACAGCACUCGGACUAUGAAUGGAAUGAGGGGCUCUGCAAAGUGUUCGUCUCCACUUUCUACACACUGACACUAGUGACGUGCUUCUCUGUGACCUCCCUGUCCUAUCACCGCAUGUGGAUGGUACGGUGGCCAGUCAAUUACAGGUUGAGUAACACCAAGAAGCAAGCUGUGCACACGGUGAUGGGAAUUUGGAUGGUAUCCUUCAUUCUAUCUACAUUACCCGCAGUGGGCUGGCAUGACACCACAGAACGCUUCUAUGCCAAGGACUGCCGUUUCAUCGUCACAGAGAUAGGUCUCGGUUUUGGGGUCUGCUUCCUGUUACUGAUUAGUGGGAGUGUAGUGAUGGGCAUGGUCUGCAUUGGCAUCGCCCUCUUUCAAACAUUCACUGUCCAAGCCGGAAACAAUACUAACAAGAACAAAUUCAAUGUGCCCACAAUCGUAGUGGAAGAUGCACAGGGUAACAGGAGGUCAUCCAUUGAUGGCUCCGAACCACUAAAAACCUCUCUCCAGAUAACCUACUUAAUCAGUGGAAUAGUUUUUAUCUACGACUUUUUGACUGGAUUUCCCGUUUUGGUGGUGAGCUUUGCAAGCCUCAAGUAUGAUACCUCUUACACUUGGAUGGUGUUGUGUUUCCUGUGGUGCUCCAUAGUGCAGUCUAUUCUCCUGCCAUUGUUCCUUUGGGCUUGUGACCGCUACAGGGCUGAUGUAAAGAGUGUCUGGGAAAAAUGUGUAGCUAUUAUGUCCAAUGAUGAAAUAGAUGAAGGAAACAGUCAGGAUGGAGCAAUUCACUCAGAUUCGUUCUUUGAAAGACCCUAUGAGUAUAACUGCACCGCUGAAAUCCUGACAGUAGAUCGUAUUGCCAAGUAUGACUUCUCAGCCCUGGAAAGGGGAAUACCACAGGUGUACCCAAUGAGAGAGAUGCAAGAGGAUAAGAUGCAAUAUUUACAGGUUCCUCCAACAAGACGCUACUCCCAUGAUGAGUCAGAAAUGUGGGCGACAGGCCCAAUUCCUUCCUAUCUUCACAGAUGGGGGUCUUCAGAGGACAUCACAGGGGUACUACACUACAGCUCCCCCAGGCAUGAGAGGAGGCGAAGCAGUCUGAUUUCCCAACACGAUGAAUGUGCUUCUUUCCAUAAAAGAAGGAAGUCUAUGGAUAGUGUUAUAUCUCUAAAGCAACAGACCAGGGAGGAGUAUUUCGGUGAUGACUUGAAAUGUUUCAGCCGUGAUGAAAUAAUAAAUUACAUAGAUGAAACUCCUCUUCCUAGUCCAAUGAAAACCCCACUGAAAUCAUCUUCCAUAACACUAAUCCCAGAAAAAUGUGAACAGUAUUCAGUCAUGUUUUCCCAUUUUCCCUUAACUAAUUUUGAGAAGGAGCCCCAUGUUCUCCGUCGGUUAUCAGAGGACAGGGGAUGCAUCUUCCCAGGGAUCAGCAAGCCCAAGGAAUACUUGGCAAAUACCUGCCCCAGUGACCCUACUGCAGCUCAGAUGAACCCAGAGACCUACAUUCAGGCCCUAAACAGUCAGGCCAACCCCAACAUUAAGCAGGAAGCCUCCAGAAACUGUCGGACAGACCUAUGCGUCACUUGGGACAAUCAGGAAAAUCUCACCAAAGUGGAAAGCAAAGGAAGCACAAACAGUUUUUUAAGCUCGCCUUCCGCUUCUUCGGGUUAUGUGACUUUUCAUUCUGAUUCCAUUGGAUCUGCAUCAUAGGAGACAGUCUGGAGCCUCCCAAAAGAAACAAAUAAACAAAAUAAAAAGGUGUUUCUACGUUUGUUUUGUACCAAGGGAAUUUUAUAAUUCAGCCACGAGGAAAAAGUGUCAAGAGCCAAAGAAUUGGGCAAAUAUUUUCAUGUCCUUGAACAGCGGAAAAAAAAAGGGUCUCCUAUUAGAGGGAAUUGUCUGGAAAAGUAUGGUAUUAAGUAAUCACUGAAUGCAAAUAUUACUGACCUUUUGUUUAUAUUUUAUUAUUGUUUUUUAAAAAGAAAUAAUUUUUAAGAGGCAACACUCUAGCAGGUAUUCUGGUAAGACUGAGUAUGUUUGGUGCUGUUCGGGUUUGGAAAUGGCUGGGGAGGGAGACAAACUGUGGUUCUAAGCUUGGUUGUAUUUUUAAAACAUCCAAACUGUAAAAUGAUUUCUCCACUGGGGGUGAUUCGAGCCAUUUUGUCUAUUUAUGCAUUUUGGACAUUCAUUGUGUUCUGUUGGUAUUUUGUUACAGCUGCUGAUUAGCUUAACCAAUACAAGACAAUAAAAUUGUUUGUUGGGGGAGGGGUGUGUGGAAAGUUAAUUGUUUUUCUGUGUAUUUUGCGUUUGUAAAAUUGAUGUCAUAAAUGGGCGACAUUGCUAUUGCCUUGCAAAACUGGACAUUAGUUUCACUUGGUCCCCAUAAAGUUGUCCUAAAAUUUAAAAGUAACCAAUGUUUUCUUAACAACAUUUGCAAUGGUCACUGUCCUUGAAAAGAAU